UGCCAAUGAGUGGGUGCUGGCGCUCUGAUUUUGGAUGGUGUACAGUGUGUUAACCCAGUGCUGAGGAAGCAGGAGGGUGGGGACAGGAGGGAAUGCUGAAAUUGCCGUGUCCGGGAUCGAGCCGACACACACACACACCGCCUGGAAAGUUUGAUUAAGAGUGGGCAAGUUUUCGCACAUGUCAUGGCUUGAAAAUGUUGCUGCUUGCGAAAGCAGAGCCGGAGCGAUCGGCGACGCGCUGAAGGGGGGGCAUUUGCUCUGGAGACUUCGGUUGAAGCCGGGCCGGAUCAGAACAGAGAAAGAGAGAGCGAGAUCCCACUGAGUUCAACAAAGGGAGGCAAAAAAAAAAGCUCUUUGCUGACGAGAACUUUACAAGGCUGAAAUAGAACUGCUGUAAAACUUGUCCCUGUGCUUCCGGCGAUGGAAGUACAAGUAUUUGAGUCUGGCACUGCAACUUUGCCCACUUCGGGCAAAAAAUCCAAGCCAAAAGCCCCGGCACCACCAACAUUCUCCAAGCAUGUUGAGAGUUCUUCAACAGCCAAGAGCCUAGAGGGUGAAAAUAAAACCAUGGAACAGAAAGACAGUGUCUUGAAUACAUACAUCGAUUUGACAGUGGUUCUGCCAGGAGGAAUGGAGCAAUCAACCAAUAUAAAUGAAACCACACCCAUGAUGGAUUUGCUGAUUUUCCUCUGUGGCAAAUAUCAUUUGAAUCCAUCAAGUCAUACUAUAGAAUUGGUGGGAAGAGAGAACAAUCAAAUCCAAUUCAAACCCAACACUUUGAUUGGGACAUUGGAAGUGGAGAAAGUUAUUCUAAGGCAGAAAAAUGUGGAAGAAAAAAAGAAGCCAAUUUCAAUGAUGCCUGAGCAAACAGUACGCGUCGUAGUAAACUACAAAAAAACCCAGAAAACCAUAGUACGUGUUAGUCCCCUCGUUCCUCUUCAAGAACUGGUUCCAAUAAUCAGCAACAAAUGUGAAUUUGACCCAAAGAACACCAUUCUUGUUAAAGACUUUGAGUGUCAGGAGCCCUAUGACUUAACAAAAUCUCUGAAGGAGCUUGGUUUACGGGAAGUGUAUGCAUUGGACACUAGCAUAGGAUGUUCCCAGGGUAAUUUUCAAGGUGGAUCCAUUCAGCAAGGACAACCUCAGAUUCCUGAAAAUAUAACUUUGGAGAAGGAAAACAAAGGUUUCUUCAAUAUUUUUAGACUGAGCAAGAAGAAACGGGAAAAACCAGCAAGUGCCCCUGCAACUCCACUAGUAAGUCAACAGAGACCACUUGGCAUGAGCAGUUCAAGUGCUUAUUGCCCAACGUAUGAAUCUAAUACUUUACCUUCAGAUCUGCCAAAAAAAAGACGAGCACCUGCACCACCCUUAUCUGUUUCACAGAGUUUUCCAAAAGAUUUAACUCGGCAAUCAUCGACUAGGACUACAUCCUGUAUUUUUCCAGAUGAUUCUGUCAAUGAUACUGCACAGGUCAGUGAAAAUAUGACAGGUUCCAGCAGACAAAGGACGGAGUCACUGACACUUGUUGGAGUUGCUACAUCAAGUAACUCAAAAAAGACCAAAAGAAAGGCCCCUCUGCCUCCGAGUAAAAUAGAAGACCAAAAGACCCAAGAUGAUUCAACAGAUUCUAAUCUUGUAUCAGUGGACUCAUGCCCAAGUCCUGAUGCUGCAGAUAAGGCUGUCGCUAUUAAAAUAUCCUCCACACCAGCUGAUGAUCAAGCUGGCAUUGGAUCUGAACAUAGCCUUGGAGAGAUUGUUGAAACGGAAGAGAUAAGAGCUCUAGGCAAUGAUGAUGCAGAAGGUGCUAUUGUUCAAAAAGGAAAAACACCACUCUGCGCACAGGUUUCCAUAGAUGUUCCAUCCAAUUCUGAAAAAGCACAGACUUCAGAACCUGGCAACUCAGAUGUGCAUAGUUCCUCUAUUGUGACAGAUAAAGAAACUGAUACCAAAUUUGAGGGCAAUACGACUGAAGAUGUCUGUAACCAACAUGCAAUGGAAAAGGAUGAAAAUUCGAUGAUGGCAGAUAUGGAUAAGGAUCUGUCAGUGGCAAACACAUCUGUUGGAGAACCACUAAUUUCAGAAAAUACAAACAGUGAGACAUAUCAGAGAGAUUCUGAUGGAAUGCCAAGCUUCAGUUCAACGUUACCACCAGAUAAAGUAAUAGCAGAAAAGUUGACUGAGACUUCAGAAGUGGUGAGCAUUUCAAGAAAUACAAGAACCAGUCCUGUGCCAAAAGAUGUUUCCAGUGAUCAUUUGAUCAAAAUGGAGAUUAAGGCGAUGAAAAUUGAAGAAAUUAAUUCUGAAGAAACACUGGAUUUUCAGAAUGCUCCAUGUACCAAGAUAACAGAAGGUACCAUUAGCCAUGAUACGACUUUGAAAAAUAAUUCUGAAAAUGUACAACCCCUACUAGCUAAUAAUUUCAUUUUGCCCGUGUCUUCUGAGCAACAGUGUGUAUCUGCUGCAACAAAGUCCACAGAUCCAACCAAACAGGGACUCACUGGUAAGCAAGGUAUAAUGUCUGCUGUUAACCAACCAGCAACAGAAUCUUUAGCAUCCACUGAUUCCCAUGGAUCAUUGUCAACCAAAAAUACAAUCAGAAGUCCAGAAAGUCCAACAAAGAUUCCGAUGCUAUAUAAGAGUGAAUCUGAGCCUAAGCCUAAGCCUUCGAAUGAAAUUACAAGAGACUAUAUACCAAAGAUUGGGAUGACUACCUAUAAAAUUGUCCCUUCAAAAUCUUUAGAAAAUGAAGCAUUUGUCACAUAUGGAAUCAUGCCGGAAACUGAAACAGCAGAUCAACAAACGUCUUCUCACGAUGUUGUUCCAGAGUCUCACACUUCAAAAAAGUCAACAAAGCAGCCUGAUACAUCAGAAGAACCUCUAUCAAAUGUUAUAAGAGAACUAACUGCUUUUCACCAAGGGGCUCACUUGAAUACAAGUGCAAAAGGUUUGCCUGUUAAUCCUACAACUCAAUCCCAUCACCCAGAAACAACAGAUUCCAAAUUGUUUGCUGACAGUGAAGCUGUACAACCCAAGCUAGUAGUUAAUAGAAGAGCCCAGAGUGUUUCAGACAGAAAAAUGAAGCCCGGAUCCAUCUUCCUCCAGCUGCAUAAAAGGAGCUCAGGACAAUAUGUUACCUCUGCAGUUGCUAGAAGUUCAAGUUUAUCUUCUCAAUCCAGCUUUGAUACAGAGAAUACCUUCUUAAAGGAGGAAAAUGGAGUGCCAUUUCAGGAAGUUGGUCCGACAAAUACGGAUGGUCUAGAUGUUAUAAUUCCACCACCGCCAGAAUUUGCUGCUGUUUCUGAAGGGAAUGCCCAAAAAGAAGUGUCCAAAUCUAGUGGGACAGCUGCAUCUCGACCUUCAAAACCUCCCAAAGUUCCAAGCAAACCAUCCGUUCGUGUAAAACUAAGUGACACAAAAGCUCUUGGAACUACUGUAGCUGCUACUUACACCCCUACCUCACCAUCACCUUUUGCUCUUGCGGUGUCCUCAGCAGUCAAGAAAACACAAACAAGUGCAACAUAUUCCCUUAAACCCAAGAGUGUUGGAACGGAUUCAUCAACUCUAUCUUGUUCCACUAACUAUGCAAACAGAAAAUUGCAUCUACCUUCAUCAAUUCCAAAUGAGUCCAACCACAACAAUAUAUUAAAACAGACUUCUCCUGAAGAAGAAACAGAGAAAAAUCGCUACAAAGUGGCAGGAAUACAGACACAGCACAUACAAUCAAAGUUGCCAUCUCCUUUAAGAGAAUCAAAACCUACUUUAAUUUCUCAAAUGAGUGACCCAGGAGAAAUUCAUCAAGCUGUACUGGAUGCUAUUCGCUCAGGAGAAGGAGCUGCCAAACUUAAAAAGGCGGACACACUUACUACAAUGUAACUACAUGCAUUAAUAAUUUACUAAAACUAAGUUGAUCUACUAUAUUUUGAAAUUUAUUGAACUACAACUGAGAAAUUGUUCAACAAUUAUUAACCUCUCAAAGUACACAGUCAUCAGUAUCUUCUUGCACUACACAUUGCAAUUCACUGGAAUAUUAGGGGUCCUGUCUCGAAAUAGACUUGAUGUGAUAACUCAAUUAUUAAUUGUGAACCUGAAAAUGCAAAUACUAUAUAUGUUUUAUGUGAAAAUUAUGUGCACUUAUAAUAAACCAAUCACAAUUUCACACCUUU